CAUUUGGAGUAUCUUCUGUGCUCAACAGGUUCUACACAGUGUUUUGUUAUGUGUACAAAUGUCAGCAUGUCACACUAGCAUGGGUGUGGAACAGUACAGCAUUUAAAUGAAACGGAGCUCAUUGGAAUGGUCCAGCAAAAUUAUGGCAGAGAUCUGCAUUUAAGGAAGAAUGAAAUGGAGAAUCUGCAGUUAGCUAAUGAUGAAAGCCACUUUGCAGGAAUUGUGGGGAACAACACGUAUAAUGAAUAUAACAAUAAAGGAGACCAGCCAAUUGUAUCCAAAACCAUUUGUACUGAUGCACGUGCUCAGGAUUUAAAUACAGUUUCUUUUGGAGACACUACAGUUGUAAAUCCUUCAGUUGUUAUCCAAGACAAUGCAUCAACAAUGUCCCCCAGAGAACAAGGCCGGGCUGAGAAACAAGAACAUGGCCAACCCCUUGCUACACCUGAAAGGGAAAAUAAUAACAGAGUUGGCAGCAAGUCACCUUCAUCCUCUUUAGACUAUAAUGGCAAUGAAGAUCUUCCUGCUGAGAGAACAGAUGCAUCUGAAUUUGCAAAUGCAGCUGAAGAGAAGACUUGCAGUGACCUCCAGGGUAAACUUUACAUUAACAGAGUAUUCAACAUGAGUGCAGACAAGAUGUUUGAGCUCCUCUUCACUGACUCUCAGUUUAUACAGAAAUUUAUUAGUACAAGAAAAAUUACAGACCUCAUUAGUACUCCAUGGGAGAAAGAAGAGAAUGGUAACCAGGCAAGAACAAUGAAGUACAUAAUAACCAUUACAAAUCCUCUGAUUGGCAAGUUUUCAACAGCAACUGAAAAACAGACGUUGUGUAAAGGCAGCCAGGAAGUGAAGUACUACCUGAUUGAUGCAGAAGUGACCACACAUGAUGUGCCUUACCAUGACUAUUUUUAUACACACAACCGAUACUGCAUCAUUCAGACCUCAAAGCGCAAAUGCCGGCUAAGAGUUUCAACAGAUGUGUGCUACAGAAAACAGCCAUGGGGUUUGGUGAAGUCUUUCAUACAGAAAAACUCAUGGAGUGGUUUAGAAGAUUACUUCAAACAAUUAGAAUCUGACUUGUUGGUUGAAGAAGCAGUGCACAAUCCAAUCUCCGCCGAAUUGGGCCAGUCUGGACUUCGGAGACGUCGGCGAACACUCAAUCGGAGCCCCGCGGACCAGUUUACCAGUUUAGCUCCUCGUCUGGAUGUAGAUACGAGGCAAAUGUACACUGACAGAGGAAGUAAUUUGGAAAGUAAACCAAUACUCCAGAAUCGGGGCCUUUUGAAGUUUGUGUUGGGCAUGAGUGCAAUACUCUUUAUCCUCGCCUUGUUGAAUUUAGUCCUCUACUUUAAACUUCUGAACAUUGAAAAAGUGGCUCAAAAAGUCCAUUCAUCAAACAAGAUCAGAAUAUCCGAAAAACUGAGUGCUGGUUUGGAUCAAGAGAUAACAACAAAGGGAACAAAAUGGCAGAAUGAUGCUGAACUUCACCAUCUGCGUGCAGUGAUCAAUGAUUCGAUUUUACUUCUCGAACAGUUAAAAGGUUCAUUGGCAACAAUCCAGAAGAAUUUUGACGUGAAAAACCAGACAGUGACAAACCAGGGCAGAUAGCAUCUCUGAAGAAUGCAUGUGAAGUCCAAGGGUGGUUGAGAAGUGAAGAUGAAAAACAAUAAAAAUAAUAUUUUGUAUUUAUGUGGCACCUUUCGCAUUAAGAGCAACCCAUAAUAGAUCCAUGUUCAUGCCUGGUUUUGGAAGCAAAUCUGCAGCCUCCAAGCCAGAUAUUGUCCCUUAAAUGUAUAAACUGUGAUUAUCACAGUUUCAGUCUUUGGAUGUACAGUACUGAACACUAAAUGUAAGUUCAACAGAUUUUAAUUUGCGAUUAUGAAUUUUCCACAGCUUUGGAAUUUGAUUAAAUAUCAAAACACUGGCAUUAAAGCAUUGUAUUUCACUAAUCAUUUAAUCACUCAAUUUUCACUGCUUAAAAAUUGUCCAGCUGGUUUCGGCUAUGUUUCUUCAUUGAUUUUUUUUUCUCUCUGCACCUUCUUUUCUAAGCAGUGUUCCAUUUGAUGUUGGAACUUGACAAUCUUAAUAGUUGCUGUGCACAAAACAUAUCUAGGGUUUGUACUUAGAACAAACGGAUUUAUUUUUUUAAAAUUGUUGAUGAAUAGAUUUUUAAUGCAUAGUAUCUAAUUGCAAAGUCUGUUUUAAGUCUGUUCUAAAACUUGAAUUUUUUUUGUUACCAAAAACGCAAGGAUAUCAUGUGAUCUGUGAAGCACCACUCAGGGUCAUUUGUUUCAUUGUUUACAUUUUAGAAUUUUAGUUUGAAAUGUAAUCUUACUCUGCCAGUGUUUUUAAUUAAGCGUCGGUUCUUAAUGAAGACUCGAAGGCAGAAAUUUCUUUUGAAUGUUCAAUUUAUGCAACUGUUACCUGUGUUUCCUAAUGGAGGCACUUGCUAAAAUACAGGCCAGAGAAAUAUGCUUCAGGAACAUGAAGUGUUUCUCUCUUGCUACGAACAGUAAUUUGAAUUCUCUUUAAGUUGAAACCUCUGUGUAGUGGAGUGGUGAAAGAUAACUUGGAUAUUCUGAUGCAACUCCUUUGUCAUUAGAUAACUGAAGUUCCUGACCUAGACCUACUGUUUCCAUUUGCUUUAAGACAAUGAGUGUGGUUGUGAUUUGGAGAAUCAAAUUCAGGAAAGGGAUUUUGGAUUACCCAUUUUACAUCAGUAAUGAUAAGGUACCGGACAAGGAUGGUAAAGAAAUGUGUAGCAAUCAGUGAACUAAAGAAAUUUUAUGGAAAAGAAGUUUUUCAAGUUUUAAAAAAAUUUCUACCGUGCGAAAUCUAUCGGGCAUUUCUUGGAAAUAAACUCUAUUCAUUGCUUAA